UGAAACUAACUAAAGAUUCAAAAUAAGUUCAUACGCAAAUUUAUAUAAAUAUACACUGAUCACCUUUUAAACUACAAUUAAAAUAUAAACAUAAGUAUAAAAAAGAAGAAGAAUAUGAAAUAUCAAAACAAGAAGUUCCAUGCGCAUGAAUUCGUUGAGUCAUUAAGUUAAGUCAUUAAGUAAAUUCAGAAAGAGUAUAUAAACUCAGAGAUGUUUUCAAAGCCAUCAUAAUCUUUUGAGCUUUCAAGUGCAGAGGUGUUUCUAUAUAUUCUAUAUUCAAUAUGUCUCGAUUUUUGGACAUAGAAGCGGAAGUUAGCAGUGAGGAUGAAUUUGAGAUCCAGAACCCAGAAGAUAAAGAUAAAAAAAAACAAAAAGUGGUGGAUAGUUCGGAGGAAGAGGAAGAUGAUGAAGAAAUGAGAGAAGAAAUCAAUGACAUUAUUGAUGAUGAUUCUCUCAGUGAUAGUGAUGAUUCUGAUAUUUCUGGUGGUAAAAAAAGAAAGAGAUCAGAUGAUGAAGAAUUAGAUGAUCGACUUGAAGACGAUGAUUUCGACCUCAUCGAAGAAAAUUUGGGGGUUAAGAUCGAUCGAAAAAGGAAAUUCAAACGUAUAAGAAGAAUAGGGGCGAAUGAAAGUAAAGGGCAACAAAGGAGAACAACAAUGGACAUAGAUUCGUCCUCAGAUGAGGAUGACGAGGAAAAAUCCGAGGAAAAAACGGAGCUAGUCCAAAGAGAUGUGUCUGAUUCGGAAACGGAAGCAACAGAUGAUGAUUUCAUUAAUGAUGAUAUCAUUGAUGAUGAACUUCCAAUUGGUGCCAGAAAAAGGAAUAGGAGAGUCGUUUCUUCUAAUAUUGCUCUUCAAGUGGCUCACGAUACAUUUGGUGGAGAUUUCGAUUAUAACGAAUUUUCGAAAUACGAUGACGAAGAAUAUAAUGAAGAGGAAGAGGGAGAUAAUAGUUUCAAAAUAAGGAACAAUGCAACUAAGAAAUCUAUCUUUGAGGUUUAUGAACCCAGUGAACUUAAAAGAGGUUUUUUCACUGACAUGGAUAACCAGAUACGUAACACAGAUAUACCUGAGAGAAUGCAGUUACGUGAAGUCCCAAUCACGGCUGUCCCGGAAGAUUCUAAAGAACUGGACGAAGAAGCGGAAUGGAUAUACAAACAGGCAUUCUUGAAACCAACCAUCUCCAUUCAAGAUGCCGACUUGUCAGCUAAGCCUAGAGAAAAACAGAAAAAAAGGCGACAAACGGUCGCUAAAAUCAAAAAGGCUUUGGACUUCAUGAGAAACCAACAACUGGAGGUCCCUUUCAUUGCUUUCUAUCGUAAGGAGUAUGUGCAGCCUGAAUUGAAUAUCAAUGACUUGUGGAAAGUUUACAAGUACGAUGGUGAGUGGUGCCAACUGAAAGAACGGAAAGAAAAGCUUACUCUUCUUUUCGAAAAAAUGCGUUCCUACCAACUAGACCUUAUAAUGAAAGAUCCUGAUGCACCCAUACCGGACAAUGUUAGAGUAAUGAAAGACUCCGAUUUUGAAAGACUGAAAAGUAUACAAACGCCUGAGGAGCUUCAGGAUGUUUACAACCACUUCUCGUUGUACUACGCCAACGAUAUUCCAGUCAUGCAGGCUGCAUGGAGAGCUAAAGAGAGACAGAGGAAGAAGGAAGAGAAGAAACAGGCCAGGCUCAAGGCCAUCGCUGAAAGCGAAGAAGGCAGUGAACUACCGCCAGAAGUUGAAAACGAUGAGGAGAGGGAACCUGAACCUGAAACUCUCAAAGCUGCCAACAGAAACGGAUCUUACACUCUAUGCUCGAAAGCCGGUUUAGAUGGAUUGGCAAAACGAUUUGGUUUGACGCCGGAACAUUUUGCUGAGAAUUUGAGGGAUAAUUAUCAGCGACACGAGGUAGAUCAAGAAGCCAUAGAACCCAGUGAUUUAGCCGCAGAAUACAUCUGCCCCUCAUUUUCUACGGUGGAAGAAGUGCUACAAGCUACCAAAUACAUGGUGACUCGUCAACUAGGCAGAGAACCCUUGGUCAGAAAAUGUGUACGGGAAGUUUUCUUCGAAAGAGCAAAAAUAUGCGUACAACCGACAAAGAAAGGAUUCAAAAUGAUCGACGAAACCCACAAUUGCUACAGUAUGAAGUACGUGAAAGAUAAACCGGUAAGAGAUCUAACCGGCGAUCAGUUUUUGAAACUCUGUCUUGCCGAAGAAGAAAACCUCCUCACGAUAACGAUCAACGAAAAUUUCAAGGGUAACACCAGCAAUUCCUUCAUAGACGAGGUCAAACAGCUGUACCUCAAGGAUGAAUUCAGUAAGAACGUCCAGGAUUGGAACGACUUGAGAUCCGAAUGCGUGGAGCACGCUUUGAAGAAAUGCGUUCUUCCCGAUCUCAGAAACGAACUGAAAAGAGCUUUGUUGGCCGAGGCGAAGGAAUUCGUUUUGAAGGCUUGCUGUAGGAAGUUGUACAAUUGGAUCAAGAUUGCUCCGUACACCGUCAGUUUCCCCGACGAGGACGAAGAUGAAUGGGAUACUUCAAGAGGUGUUAGGGUCAUGAGUGUUGCUUACGUUCCUGACUAUUCCCAAGCUGCUUUUGCAUGUAUCGCAGCCCCUGAAGGUGACAUAACAGAUUAUUUGAGACUGCCGCAUUUGACAAAGAGAAAGAACAGUUGGAGGGUCGAAGAGAAAUUGAUGAAAGAAAGCGACUUAACAGCGAUUAGAAACUUUAUAAUGACCAAAAAGCCACACGUCGUUUGUAUCGGAGGCGAAUCGAGGGAGGCGCUCAUGAUUGCAGAUGACAUCAAAGCGGUCAUUGCCGAUUUGGUGGAAAACGAACAGUUUCCCACCAUCAAGGUGGAGAUAAUAGACAAUCAACUGGCCAAAAUAUAUGCCAAUUCCAAUAAGGGCGUCAAUGAUUUCAGAGACUACCCCGAACUACUACGACAAGCGAUAUCUUUGGCAAGACAAAUGCAGGAUCCCCUAGUCGAGUAUUCCCAGUUGUGUAACGGAGAUGAAGAAAUUUUGAAUUUGAGGUUGCAUUCUCUACAAGAUCAGAUCGAUAAAGACGUUCUCUUGGAAGCCAUCAACCUGCAGUUUGUCAAUAGAACUAAUGAAGUGGGAGUUGACGUCAAUAUAGCGGUCCAAUACGCCCACAAGAGCAAUCUUCUACAGUUCAUAUGCGGUCUUGGAACACGUAAAGGUGCUGCCCUCUUGAGAAUACUCAAACAGACCAAUCAGCGUCUGGAAAAUAGGACUCAGCUUGUCACGGCAUGUCAUAUGGGACCUAAAGUUUUCAUCAACUGCUCCGGUUUCAUAAAAAUCGAUACCAACAGCUUAGGGGACAGUACGGAGGCCUAUGUGGAAAUUUUGGACGGAAGUCGAGUUCACCCUGAAACCUACAAUUGGGCGAGAAAGAUGGCUGUCGAUGCCUUGGAUUACGAUGACGACGAAGAGACCAACCCCGCAGAAGCUUUAGAAGAGAUCCUGGAGGCCCCGGAAAGACUGAAAGAUCUCGAUUUGGAUGCGUUCGCCGAAGAAUUGGAAAGACAGGGAGUCGGAAACAAGAGCAUCACCCUGUAUGAUAUCAGGGCCGAAUUGAACUGUAGAUAUAAAGACCUAAGAACACCGUUCAGAUCGGCGAAUGCCGAAGAACUUUUCGAUAUCCUAACCAAAGAAACCCCUGAGACUUUCUACAUCGGUAAAAUGGUCACGGCCAAAGUUAUCGGAAUAGCCAGAAGGAAGCCCAAAGGCGAACAGUUAAAUCAGGCGAAUCCUGUAAGAAAUGACGACACGGGCUUAUGGAAGUGUCCCUUCUGUCUGAAGAACGAUUUUCCCGAACUGUCCUACGUAUGGAACCAUUUCGACUCUGGUUCCUGUCCUGGUCAGGCUAUGGGUAUCAAGCUUGCUUUGGAUAACGGAAUAUCGGGAUUCAUCUAUAUCAAAAAUAUCAGUGAUGACCAGGUAGCUAACCCAGAAGACCGAGUGAAAAUUGGUCAGUUGAUACAAUGCAGAAUUAUGAAAAUCGAUGUCGAAAGGUAUAGUGUUGAUUGUACAUCUAAGUCUAGUGAUAUUGAAGAAAAAAAAUACAAAUGGAGACUCCCCAGAGACCCCUACUACGAUCAAGACAAGGAAAAUAGCGACUUGAAGGCCGAAACCGAGUCCAAAGCUAACAAACAGAGACAAGCCUACCUCAAGAGGGUCAUAGUACACCCGUCUUUCCAAAACAUUUCCUUAAUGGAAGCAGAAAAAUGCUUGGCCAACAUGGAUCAAGGAGAGGUCAUCAUUCGUCCAUCCAGUAAAGGUGCCGAUUAUCUAACCAUUACUUGGAAAGUGACGGAUGGAAUUUACCAACACAUAGAUAUAAAGGAAGAAGGCAAAACCAACGCUUUCAGCAUAGGAAAAAGGCUGAUAAUCGGUGGAGAAGAGUUCGAAGACUUGGAUGAAAUAAUAGCGAGGCAUAUAACCCCAAUGGCCUAUUAUGCAAGAGAUAUUCUUCACUUCAGGUAUUAUAAAGACAUGAAUGGCGCUGAGAAGUAUAAAACGGAAGCAUACAUCAGGGAGGCAAAAAUGAAGGAUCCUUCCAAAAUUCAUUAUGUGAUAAGUGCAUCCAAGACUUUCCCUGGAUGUUUUAUGCUCUCCUACUUACCUCGAGAGACAUGUGGUCAUGAAAUGAUCACGGUCAACUCGAAUGGUUUCUGCUACAGGGGGCAGAUGUUUGAUAGAAUCAAUCAAUUGGUUGAUUGGUUCAAGGCCCACUAUAGGGAACCUAUACCGGGAGCCAAACAUCUGCCAAACAAGAUGCAGCAACCUCCACCAGCGCCAUCAUACCCUGGAAGAUCUAAUUCACGAUCUUAUAUCCACCCGCCAUACAUUCCAAUACACCCCCAAAUUGAUGCAGCUGAUUAUUGGAAGAGAGCAGCAGCUGCAUGGACUGCUAAAAAACCCUAAAAAAACACAAAAAAUAAAAAAAUGGUUUUUCAAUUUUUUCUG